GUCGAUAGCCUCGGAAAAUAGAAGGGCUUUGGAGGAUUUCGUGUUGAUUGGCUUGAUCGACAUUGAUGGGAAUUAUUAACCAUUCCUUAUUGUUAUAACUCCUCAGAAAGAUGGACAGUUUACUGGAAAUUAUGGAUUAAGAUAGACGGACAAAGGAAAACGUACAUCGACAUCGACUUUACCAGAAUAGCAGACAUUUACAUGCUUCAAGGAUUGUGAACAGGAGAGGAUAAACAGACGUCAAGAGAUUAAAACAUGUAAACACAUUGUUAAGAUAUGGGGAAGAUCCAGACAUUCAUCAUAGAAUUAGAAAAUCACCGAGGGGUUUACUUCCCGGGGCAAAUUGUCCGAGGUGAAAUAGUACUGGAGUUAAACGAGGCAGUCAAAAUUAGAGAAAUAAGGAUAACUUUUCAGGGAGAAGCGUACGUUGAUUGGCCAAGUUCAUCUAGUCCUUAUGAAGAAACUUCCGGUCCAAAGAAAGGAGGUUUCCGGUUACCAACGGAUGAGCACUUUUCUGCUUCUGAAGUAUACUUUAACAGAACGAUACCAUUAUUUGGAAAAGGGCGUGGUGAAGGUGACAGUAACACCCUCCCUUUCGGACGCCAUUCUUUCCCCUUUGACUUCGGUCUUCCGGAUGUUCUUCCGUCGUCAUUUGAGGGCCCCUGGGGCUACAUACGGUACUUCAUCAAUGCCACCAUAGACAGACCAUGGAGUUUUAACAUAAACUACAAGAGGCCGUUUUCUGUCAUAUCACCAGUGGAUUUAAAUACCCAAAAGAACGUAAUGCAUUCCACAAGUAACAGAGGGUCCAAGAGGAUGUUCUGUCUUUGCUGUAAGUCGGGACCGAUAUCAGGGACCAUUCAUCUUGAUAGGAUUGGGUUUGUUCCUGGAGAAAGGAUCGAUAUAAAUGCCGAAAUUCAAAAUCUGUCCUCCUUUGAGUGUGAUGUCUGGGCUAUUUUGGAAAUGAAGACGAUAUACUUCUCUAAAAUAUUCAAGGAACGAUCUGUCACUAGCAGAAUAAAAAAUCCUCUCAAGCGAACACCCACAGAAGACAAGAUUUCAGAGGUUUUAGUUUGCUUGCCCAAAAACCCGGCAAGAAUGAAGACCUAUAAAACACGUAAACUCAAAAAGGAGGUUACGAAAGUCAUGCAUUUAGGAGUUGGGGGCGGCGAAACACUUGUUUGGAAAGGAAGUGGCCUUGCUAUCCCCCCAGUGCCUCCUUCCUUUCUGGAGGGUUGUAACAUCAUUGAUAUUCGAUACUUUUUAAAGUUGAUCAUGAAAACCCUCGGCCCCUCGUCCAAUUUAGAGAUCCCCAUCGAGGUGAUCAUUGGGACGGUGCCAUUGCGCCCUCAGUUGGCGCUUCAGAACCACUGUGUCACCCUUCCCCCGUCAGCCCCGCCCAUGCCAGUGCCUUCAUUUGCCAAUGACAGCCAACCACCUAGUUACUCAGAAUGUGUCUUUGGACGUUAUGACAUAUCGGACGAGGGAGAUAAUAAGCACACACAGGGGCAGCUGGAGUUCGCUCCCGUGUACACGUACUACAACAAUGCUCACCCAUCUAACAUGGUGGAACCAAAGGUGUCCGUGUAAUGGCGCAGAGACAAAAACUUUUAGCAUUAUAUUGUGAAAAACAAUUUUAUUUUUGUAUGAGAGAUAUAGAUGAUAUAGAUAUUUAUUAUUUAAUAAAACGCAAUCAAGCUCUAA